CGAGGCAGAGACGAAGAAACAAGAUGGCGGCCGGUGGCGAUCCGGAGCGGGACGCCGGCGAUUCGAAUUGAGCCUUCGGCCCUCGCAAGUCGGUGGAGGCCCCUCCCUCCCCCCAGAGCUCCGACCGCGGGGAAGAGGCUCCCGGCAGCCUCCCGCCGGACCCGAGUGCCCUCGUUCCCCUCGCUUCUUCUCUCCCCCCCCACCCUUGGCUAGCGCUCAGCGAUGCGGGGCCGGCGAGGCAGGCCGCCCAAACAUCAGCAGCCUCCGGCGGCCCCCGCUCGGGUGAGCACCCCGGCUCCCCCCGCCCCGCCGGGCCCCAUUGGGGGUCUGAGGUCCCGAUUGCGGGGCAGCAGCCGGGGCAGGUGGGCGGCUUCGGCCCAGGCGGCUGGGGCUGCGGGGCCCAGGUCGAGGGGGUCCGGAGCUGGCCAGGCCUCCGCCGCCGCCACAUCUUCCUCCUCCUCCUCCAGGGGGGGCGGCAGGAGGAAGGGAGGCGGCGGCAGCACCAGCACCCCUGGUGGGGGAGGCAGUAGCGGUAGGGGCCGGGGUAGGGCUGGAGCGGCGGCGGCGGCGGCGGCGGGGGGAGGAGGAGGCGGAGGCAGCCGGAGCAGCAGCAGCAGCCAAAGCAGGGCGGCCGCCUCGUCCAGGAGGAGCGGCGGCGGCGGCGGCAAAGUAGUGUACGACGAUCAUGAGAGUGACGAGGAGGAGGAAGAGGAGAGCGUGGGGUCCGACGAGGAGGAGGAGGAGGAAGACGGCGAGGCGGAGGAGAAGCCCAACUCCGAGGAAGAGGAGGCGGUCAUGGACGACGACGACGAUUCCGAUUACCCCGAAGAGAUGGAGGACGAGGAUGAUGCCAGCUAUUGCACUGAGAGCAGCUUCAGGAGCCACAGCACCUACAGCAGCACCCCAGGUAGAAGGCGACAGAGAGUACAUCGACCGCGUUCUCCAAUCCUGGAAGAAAAAGACAUCCCUUUUCUUGACUUGCCCAAAUCCUCAGAGGACUUAAUGGUGCCUAAUGAGCAUAUCAUGAAUGUUAUUGCCAUCUAUGAGGUACUGCGGAACUUUGGCACCGUUUUACGCUUGUCCCCUUUUCGUUUUGAAGACUUCUGUGCUGCUCUAGUAAGCCAAGAACAGUGUACACUGAUGGCUGAAAUGCACAUAGUGCUAUUAAAAGCAGUUUUACGUGAAGAGGACACUUCCAAUACUACCUUUGGACCUGCUGACCUCAAAGAUAGCGUUAAUUCCACAUUAUAUUUUAUAGAUGGGAUGACUUGGCCAGAGGUUUUGCGGGUAUACUGUGAGAGUGACAAGGAGUAUCAUCAUGUUCUUCCUUUUCAAGAGGCAGAGGACUACCCUUAUGGACCAGUUAAAAAUAAAAUUCAAGUUCUGCAAUUUUUAGUGGAUCAGUUUCUGACAACAAACAUUGCACGGGAGGAAUUAAUGUCAGAAGGGGUGAUACAGUAUGACGACCAUUGUAGAGUUUGUCACAAACUGGGGGACUUGCUUUGCUGUGAAACUUGCUCAGCUGUCUACCACUUAGAGUGUGUGAAACCGCCUCUUGAAGAGGUCCCAGAGGAUGAAUGGCAGUGUGAAGUUUGUGUGGCACACAAGGUGCCUGGUGUAACAGACUGUAUUGCUGAAAUCCAAAAAAACAAACCAUACAUUCGACAUGAACCUAUUGGAUAUGAUAGAAACAGGCGGAAAUACUGGUUCCUGAACAGGAGGAUUGUUGUAGAGGAAGAUUCAGAAUGUGAAAAGCAUAAGAGAAUCUGGUACUAUAGCACAAAAGUCCAGCUGGCAGAAUUAACUGAAUGCCUAGACAAAGAUUACUGGGAAGCUGAUAUCUGCAAAACUCUGGAAGAAAUGCGUGAAGAAAUUCAUCGGCACAUGGACAUAACAGAAGACCUUACUAAUAAAGCACGGGGCAGCAACAAGUCUUUUCUUGCAGCAGCAAAUGAAGAAAUUAUGGAAGCAGUCGGAGGCAGAAAAGGGGAAAUAUUAGAGGACAGAAGCUCAGUUGCUGAUGAAGAAAAAGCUACGGUUGAUAAUAAAGAGUGCACAGAUACUGAGAAUGAAAAAGAAGAACUUUCAAACCAACAGAUGGAGGUCAACAAGGAAAUAGUAGGAGAGGAAAGUUCUGAAAAAGGAGGAAAGGAAGAAUCAGGAAAUGUGUGUGAUGAAAGCAAUUCUGUACCAUCACUUCCUGGAAGCAGCAUCACAAAUGUUUCUGCAGAAGAGGCUGAUGCUUCUGAAGAGAAGAAUACAGUAAGAUGUGAUUCAGAAAUUCCUGAAGAUAAUAAGGCAGACAAAAACAUGGCAUCAGAAGAUCUUAAGGAUAUUUCAGAUGAAACAACUAAGACAAUUCCUAAUUUGAACAUUGAUUUAUCUGCUGAAGCACUUUUGUCAGACCCGGAAAACAACAGUAGCAAUGAACCAAAUUCUACGCAGAGUGAAUCUGUGAAGAAUUCUGAUGAAGUGGAAACCACUGAAGGAGGUUCUCAGAACUCAGAGGAUCUAGGUGAUAAAUCUAAUGGUGAGAGAAGUGAAUCUCCAAACAGUGGAAUAGGUACUCCAGGUUCAACACGAAUGGUCACUAGAUUACGAAAUCCAGAUAGCAAACUUAGCCAGCUGAAAAGUCAGCAGGUUGCUGCUGCAGCACAUGAAGCAAAUAAGCUUUUCAAAGAAGGCAAAGAGGUGCUUGUGGUUAAUUCUCAAGGGGAAAUUUCCCGAAUGAAUACCAAGAAGGAAAUAAUCAUGAAACCAGGCAUCAGCAAUUAUUUUAAGCUGGGUCAAGAAGGGAAAUAUCGUGUCUACCAUAAUCAAUAUGCUACCAAUUCUUUUGCUCUGAACAAACAUCAACAUCGAGAAGACCAUGACAAAAGACGUCACCUUUCUCACAAGUUUUGUCUAAGUCCUGCCGGAGAGUUCAAAUGGAAUGGUUCUGUCCAUGGGUCAAAAGUUCUCACAAUAUCUACACUAAGAUUAACAAUAAUUCAGCUAGAGAAUAACAUCCCCUCCUCAUUCCUCCAUCCCAACUGGGCUUCACACAGAUCUAAUUGGAUCAAAGCUGUCCAGAUGUGCAGCAAACCUAGAGAAUUUGCAUUGGCUCUGGCAAUAUUGGAAUGCGCAAUUAAACCAGUUGUUAUGCUGCCCAUUUGGAGGGAAUCCUUGGGUCACACCAGGUUACGCAGAAUGACAGCGAUUGAAAGGGAAGAAAAAGAGAAGGCGAAAAAAAAGGAGAGAAAACAAGAAGAAGAAGAAACCAUGCAACAAGCAACUUGGGUGAAAUAUACCUUUCCCAUCAAACACCAGGUCUGGAAACAAAAAGGAGAAGAAUAUAGAGUAACGGGAUAUGGUGGAUGGAUAUGGAUUAGUAAAACACAUGUUCAUAGAUUUGUACCCAGAUUACCUGGAAAUACUAAUGUCAGUUAUAGAAAGUUACUACUUGCAAAGAACAACACUGCUGCUAUUACAGAACAACAGCACGAAUUGGAUAAAAGGAAAAAUCCAGCAAAAGUAAAAGUAGAGCAUUGUUCUUUGAAAGAUAGAAUAAAGAGCUUCCAUGAACCACAUAAAAAGGACCAAAAAGAAAUUGAAUAUUCUGAGACCAUGAAGAAAAGUCAAACCAAGGAAGAAAAUGAACUAAAUGAAGAAAAAACUGAAAUUGAACGACAUUUUGAAAAAUCAGAUCAAGCUAAGGAAGAUGAAAAAGGAAUCUGUGAAAAUGAUAAAGACAUCAAGGAAGAACCUAUGGAAGUAGAUGAAGUGAAAAUGGAUACUUCCCCCAAAUGUGAAGAAACUCCAAUCAGUGCAGAUUUAAUAAACGUUAGUGAAGGUUUUCACUUAAGGACAUGUUAUAAAAGGAAAGUGAAAACAUCAAAAUUAGAUGGACUACUUGAAAGAAGAGUAAAACAGUUUACCCUAGAGGAAAAGCAGCGAUUGGAAAGAAUUAAGCUUAAAGCUGCUUCCACUUCCUCAGAUUGUAAAUCUCUGAGUCCACAAAGGAAUACAGAUGACUUAUCAUUAGCUAAGGCAGUAACAGAUGAAAAAAGAGCCCAUAUUUCAGGUACAAAGCAAUCUGAAGAUCCUGUUAAAGACUGUUUGUCACCUAACAACCUCCACUUGAAUAAAACCAGUGAAUCAAUCCAAUCCUUGUCUUGCUUGAAUAGACUUUUAGAUGAAGAAUCAGGCCUCAUUUCAGAUCUGUGCUCAGAUUCUCAAUGUUUGAUAGCAGCAAAUGCUCAUGGAAGUGCUUCUGAACCAGUGAAUACGGAAAAACAUAAAGUGCUGAGUAAGGAGGGUGAUAAUUCAACCAUGGAACAUUCUCAAGCAAUAGACAAUAAAGAAUCAACUAAAUGCAGUGUGUUAGAGGACAAUGAAAAAAGUUCAGAGGAAAUCACAGGGCCUAAUUGUGAACAUAAUAUGCAGCCAGAGGGAAUUGAACAGAACUGCGAAAAAGAGACUGUAUCUUUCAUUAAAAAAGGAAAUGAAACCUUAAAAACUGAAAAACAGGGCUGUGAUUCUGUAGAAGCUUGUAAUUUAGAGGAUGAUCAUGCAGCAAAUAGCACAAACGCAAGUCUACCGAAAAGCAAUGAAGAUGCAUCUGAACCAAAGAUUGCAUUAAAUCGCAAGCAAGCCGUUGAAGGCCUAGAAUCAUUACGUACUGAGCUUAUUUCAGAGAAGGCAUUUGAAGCCCAGAUUCCUGACAUGAUAGGAGAAAAAAUUAUUGAUGAAAUUACACACUGUAAAAUUGCUGAAACAAAUGGCGAAAAGCUAGAGCAGGCAAAGUGUGAUCCUCCAACUUCCAUAAGCAAAUGCAUCGAUCAGAUUAAAAGCAUUGCUGAUAACAACAACAAUAAAAAUGGAGAACACGAUGUCCAGAUGGACGGAGGAAAGUCGGCAACAUAUCAGAUGAAUGGAAAAGAUGCUGAUUUUAAAGUAUUACCAAAUGAAGAAUGCUUAAAAAGAGAAGCUGAGAGUAACCUUGACUCUAAAGUAAAUAGUAUUAAUAAAAACAAUCUGCUAGGUAAAUCAUUUCCUUCUAAUGAAUCUGUAAAACCAUUUAUGAAUGGAGAUAUUGCUGUGGAAGAUGUGAAUGAGAGAAAAAAUUCAGACAAUGAGUUUUCUGUACAGAGUUCUGUGGCUCCCAACUGUGAUCCUGGAGGUGGUGUUUUACCUCAGGAGGAUACAUCUCGGUCUGCUCAAGACAGUGGAAGGAAGCAGUGUUCUUCUGAAAGAUCUAGUCCAGUUGAUGAUGCAUCCCUCACAGCUGUCCAUUCCUGUAACGAGAACAGUAGAAGUAGUGAAACAGAAGGUAUGGAGAUUGAGUCAUCGUGUAUUAAGAAGGCUGCUCUCUCGCCUGUAAUUUCAUGUGAAGAAUCUAGUUUGAGUAACGACUUUGCUGAUCAGAAUGGACUGCAGCCACACAGAGUUAAAAACAUCAAUGGAGAGAAUGCAGUGAAAGCCGCUGUGACCGAAGUGACCACUACGUCUACCAUUUCUACAGAAUCAAAAACUGUUUAUAAAGUGUCAGAGCUUUCAGCAGUCAAGGAGGAUAAAGAACGUAUGGUGUCAUUAACUGAAAAUUGUUCCAUAUCCACCGUAACAACCACCACCACCACCACUGUAACAAAGCUUACCACUCCCACCACCGACAGUAGUACCGAUGUUAUUUCUGUAAAAGAGCAUAGUAAAACCGUGGUUACGACGACAGUGACUGAUUCCUUGACAACCCCAAGUGGAACAUUGGUGACUUCUAUGACAGUCAGCAAGGAAUAUUCCACAAGGGACAAAGUGAAACUAAUGAAAUUUUCAAGACCUAAAAAAACUCGUUCUGGGACAGCAUUGCCUUCUUAUAGAAAGUUUGUUACUAAAAGCAGCAAAAAGAGCAUAUUUGUUUUACCCAGCGAUGACUUGAAGAAGCUGGCAAGAAAAGGAGGGAUUAGAGAAGUUCCUUGUUUCAACUAUACUGCUAAGCCUGCUUUGGACAUCUGGCCUUAUCCAUCCCCAAGGCCAACUUUUGGUAUCACUUGGAGGUACCGACUUCAGACUGUAAAAUCUUUGGCAGGGGUAAGCCUCAUGUUGAGGUUACUCUGGGCAUGCCUAAAGUGGGAUGACAUGGCUGCCAAACCUCCACCAGGAGGAGGAACUACACGGACAGAAACCUCAGAAAUGGAAAUUACAACAACUGAAAUAAUCAAACGGAGAGAUGUUGGACCAUAUGGGAUUCGAUCAGAGUACUGCAUACGGAAAAUUAUUUGUCCUAUUGGUGUUCCAGAGGCCCCCAAAGAAACACCAACCCCUCAGAGGAAGGGUCUUAGAUCGAGUGCUUUGAGGCCUAAAAGGCCAGAAACACCAAAGCAAACAGGACCAGUCAUCAUUGAAACCUGGGUGGCAGAGGAGGAGUUGGAAUUAUGGGAGAUAAAAGCAUUUUCUGAAAGGGUGGAGAAGGAAAAGGCGCAGGCAGUUGAACAACAGGCUAAGGUUAGUGAACAGAAGAAGGCAGAGGAGUUCAAGGCUCAAAUGGAGGCUCAACUCAAACAGCAACGAUUGGCUGCCCAACAGAAGCGACUGGAACAACAGAAGCAGGUGCCUGUCGUGUGUGGAGCUGCUACAGCUACUACAACCAGCAGUACUGUGACCACAGUCUCCACUCCUCAGAAAGUUGUAGUAGGCCCAUUACCACGCUCCAUGCCCAGUGGAGCCAAAGUAGUGCUGGCCACCAAAAUGGGAUCUCCAGCUACAGUAACAUUCCAGCAGAACAAGAAUUUCCACCAGACUUUUGCUACCUGGGUUAAACAAGGCCAGCCUUCAACAGCCACCAGCACGGCUGCUACAUCAGCAACUACCAUAUCUAGCAGUGGUCAGACUUUCCAGAUUGCCAGCAGUCCAGUAACCAUGGCGGGCAAAGUGAUUACAAAGCUGCCUCUUCCUGCAAAUAGCAAAAUAGUUGCUGUUAAUGUGCCAGCUACUCAAGGAGGCGUCGUUCAGGUGCAGCAAAAAGUGUUGGGCAUCAUUCCAUCAACUACUGGAGCAAACCAGCAAACAUUUACAUCAUUCCAGCCAAGGACAGCAACUGUAACUAUUAGGCCAAAUAAUACAGGGACUGUUUGUACAACAAGUGCUUCACAAGUAAUGUCUGGGACACCUCUACGGCCUGGAAUGACGGUCAUAAGAGCACCUCUUCAGCAGUCAGCUCUAGGAAAGACCAUCAUCCGAACACCUGUAGUAGUACAGCAAGGUGUUAUUCCAACUAGCCAAACACAACAAGUGGUCACUCAGAUCAUCAGAGGUCAGCCUGUGUCAACAGCUGUGUCUAGUCCUACUACAGUUUCUGGCAGCCAAAAGGUGUCGUCAACUGCAGGAAUACCUUCACAACGCCUGCAGCCACAAGCCCCUCCUCCACAUCCUCCUCGGCCUCAACAGGGACAGGUGAAGCUUACCAUGGCGCAGCUCACGCAGCUCACACAAGGACAGGGUGGCAGUCAGGGAUUAACUGUAGUAAUUCAGGGUCAGGGUCAAACAACUGGGCAGUUGCAGUUAAUCCCACAAGGUGUGACGGUAAUCCCAGGUCCAGGUCAGCAACUGAUGCAAGCCGCUAUGCCAAAUGGUACCAUUCAACGCUUUCUGUUCACCCCAUUAGCUACAGCAGCUACAGCAGCCAGCACCACUUCCACGACAGCUUCCACCUCAAUAUCAGCUGCAGGAGAACAGAAGCAAGCAUCUCUUGCAAGGACCCAAACACAGCCAACACCAGCACUUCCACCUGCUGAGCCCAAGCCUGCCCCUCCUCCGCUUUCAGCUCAGCCUCCAGGCAGUUCAGCUCAGACUGUGAUGCCGGCACAGACCCAGACUGGGCAGGCACCAGUUCCAGUUGAAACCCACCCCUCCCCUGAAGCUCAGGUUCCACCUUCACUUCCAAGUCCAGCAAUCACCUCUGAAGCACAGCCACCCAGAACACAAUCGACCAUAACUCCAGCUGUGGCUCAGCCUCCGCCCCAGAGCCUUGCACAAGGACCCCCUUUAGCUCCAGCACAGAACCAAGCCCAGCCAGUUGUGCAUCUGCAGAUCCCACCCAAAGGACAGGCGAUCCAGCCAACUCAAAUACAGACUGUGGCCUCGCAGCAGGUUCAGAUCCAACCACAUCCACCCUUGCAGAUCCAGACCCAGCACUCUCAGGUCCCAACGUCAGUUCCAGCUCUGUCGCCUGUUUCAACUGUCAGCCAAGUCACGAUACCACCUCCACGCCCUCAGCUGCAGAUUCAGCCCCCCCAGACCAAGGUCAUUACUGUGCCGCAGCUUCAGCAGCAAGUCCAAGUGUUUUCCCAGCUCCCGUCCCAUAUGGUGGCCCAGAUUCAAGCUCAGCAGAGCGGCCUGCCUCAGCAGAUUAAGCUCCAGUUACCAAUUCAGAUUCAACAGGCCAGCGCAGUGCAGACCCACCAGAUCCAGAAUGUAGUAACUGUUCAAGCCAGUGUCCAAGAACAACUGCAGAGAGUACAGCAGCUUCGAGAGCAACAGCAGAAGAAAAAACAGCAGCAUAUUGAAAUAAAACGGGAACAUACCCUUCAGGCUUCUAAUCAGAGUGAUAUUAUCCAAAAACAGGUGGUAAUGAAACACAAUGCUGUGAUAGAGCACUUAAAACAGAAAAAGACAUUAACUCCUGCUGAACGUGAAGAGAAUCAACGAAUGAUCGUGUGCAACCAAGUCAUGAAAUAUAUUCUGGAUAAAAUAGAUAAAGAAGAAAAGCAGGCAGCUAAGAAACGGAAACGGGAAGAAAGCGUGGAACAAAAGCGCAGUAAACAGAAUGCUUCAAAACUCUCUGCUCUACUCUUCAAACAUAAGGAGCAACUGAAAGCUGAAAUACUGAAGAAAAGAGCACUUUUGGACAAAGAUCUGCAAAUUGAAGUGCAGGAAGAACUAAAGAAGGAUCUAACUAAAAUUAAGAGAGAAAAAGAAAAGGCCCAAGCGGCUGCAGCGGCUGCAGCAGCAGCUGCAGCACUGUCUCUCCCACCACCUCCGCCACCGCCACCACCUCCACCUCCACCACCGCCACCACCACCACCUCUACCACCUCCCAGUGUUCCCUCCACCACUUCAGGCACAUCCUAUAUUUCAUCCCACAAAAGGAAGCGAGAGGAAGAGAAGGAGUCUGCCUCUUCAAAAUCCAAGAAAAAGAAAAUGAUUUCUACUACCUCAAAGGAAACCAAGAAGGAUACAAAGCUUUACUGCAUCUGCAAGACGCCUUACGACGAGUCCAAGUUCUAUAUUGGCUGUGAUCUUUGUACUAACUGGUAUCAUGGAGAAUGUGUUGGCAUCACAGAAAAGGAGGCUAAGAAAAUGGAUGUGUACAUCUGUAAUGAGUGUAAACGGGCACAAGAGGGCAGCAGUGAGGAAUUGUACUGUAUCUGCAGAACACCUUAUGAUGAGUCACAAUUUUACAUUGGCUGUGACCGAUGUCAGAAUUGGUAUCAUGGGCGCUGCGUUGGUAUUUUACAAAGUGAGGCAGAUCUCAUUGAUGAGUAUGUCUGUCCACAAUGUCAGUCAACUGAAGAUGCCAUGACAGUUCUCAGUCCUUUGACUGACAAAGAUUAUGAAGGGCUAAAGAGAGUGCUACGUUCAUUACAGGCUCACAAGAUGGCUUGGCCAUUCUUAGAACCUGUAGAUCCCAAUGAUGCUCCAGAUUAUUAUGGUGUUAUCAAAGAACCUAUGGAUCUUUCCACCAUGGAGGAAAGAAUACUGAAGCGUUAUUACAAAAAGGUGACAGAAUUUGUAGCAGACAUGACCAAAAUAUUUGAUAAUUGUCGUUACUACAAUCCAAGUGACUCUCCUUUUUAUCAGUGUGCAGAGGUUCUUGAGUCAUUCUUUGUACAGAAAUUAAAAGGAUUCAAAGCAAGCAGGUCUCAUAACAACAAACUACAGUCGACAGCUUCUUAAAGUUCUACGUGUUAUUGUACCACAAACCACAAGAAUCUGGUUGCCUAAAUUUUUUUAAUUGGGGAGCCAGAGGUUUUUAGUCAGGGUGUCCUGACAAGUCUUGAUGUAAACUGUGUUUUUAUCAGUCACAUCAGAUUUAUAUUAUUGGCUAAUUUUGUCCAAAGGACGAAAGAAUGAAAAUCGGCAGAAUCGUUUUCUUGUCAAGAUCAAAUUGUGCUGUUGUGGCAGAAACAGGAAAACAUUUUGCUGAAGGACAGGAAAGAAAACAAGCAAGAGAAAACAAGAUAACCAUAAAAUGGGGUCAAGUUCUAACUCCAUGGAAAUGCCACAUCUGUUCUUCAGUGAAGAAGCUGGUUUAUAAAUUCCACACAGAGAACUUUAGACUGUAUUUAUUUAUUGUUGCAAAAGGACGCUUUUUUUAUUGCUGCCCUCAUUUGUCAGCUGAUUAUUCCUCCCCCCCCGCCCCCCGCCUUAUAAAUCCAGCCCUGGUUGUAUGUUACCCAUUCUGUAUCUUACCAUGAUUCCUGUAGGUAAAAGUACAAGAUGACCUCUAGAUGUCUUUUCUUUCUAUGAAAGGAGCUGCUAUGUACACAUGUGCACAAACCAACUGGGAAUCAACAUUGAGUUUAUCGUUCACGGUAGAGGAAACCAAUUAAGCUUGCAUUAAAGUUGGGCGAAGUGGUCAUGGACUACAGACUUUGUUGCCUUGAAUAUAAAAAGUAGAAUAUCAUUUACUCUGCAACGGACUGAUCUGAGUAAAAUCUAUUUGAAGGUAUCUUGUUUGUAAACAUUUGUCAGAUUCUAACUUUUUUUCUUUUUGUAUUAAAAAAAAAAAUCAAAACAUGGAUGUAUAUGAAACAAAUAAAUGGAGAUCAUUGUUCUCUCCACAUAUGUAGGUGUCGUUUGAAUGUUCACUAACAUGUUUGUGAGGUUUGUUCUUAUGUGUAAGAUCCUCAGAGUACAGAAGGGAAAUGCGGGAAAGGGAAAGCAGGGACAAAGUGGCCCUAAACGUGUGAUUCUAUUUGUUUUUAAUCGACUAUAAUAAAAUUCUUCUUCAGCAGCAGUUGGUUUCUGACUAUUACACCUAUUUUAACUAGAUUUUGCACUAAUUCAGAAUUUUUGCCCUUCGAUGAUCUGGAAUUUAUCUGAUUAUGGAUAAACUUCCCUUGGGUUUAACCUCACCCUGCUAUGCAAAAAUCUUUUCUGUUAAUUUUAUUAGACAUUGCUACCGUUCACACUUUUCUUAUAAGUACAGGCUCAGGUGUACAGAUAAUAUAAGGUUAAUUUUCUCUAAGAAAGCUUCUGCUUUUGUACAUAGAUGCUAUCAUUUAAUCCAUAUGAAUUCGAAAGGAAGUUAAUGUUCAGUGUGAGACCAUCCAUUUAUGUUUCUUAGACAGUAGGAAGAAGAGUAUUUGUGUGCUAGGGUAUAUUGUCUUAGGACUUUUUUCAAAGAGAUGCUACAUAUUGUAUGCAUUAUGUUUAUAAAAGAAGGACUUUUCCAAAUUUAAUCCUACAAAUACUGCCUCUUCAUCAUAUUUCUUUAUUACUCAUACUUAUGGCUGACCUUGAAAAACCAUGAUGAGAACUUUCCUACUUAUAGGCAAUAGAUCAUUGUUUUUAACAGAUUGUGACAAACUGAAAAGUAACUCUUUUUGUACAUAAUAGGACAUUUCAUCUUAGACAAAUAAAAUAAUGUUGGACCUCAGAUUUGGUGGAGUUCCUAAUGAAACAUCAUUUGUUUAGAAUAAAAUAUGUAGCGCUUGGCAUUGCCAUACUGUGCAGAAAUUCUUUGAAGUUUUUCAUAUUAAUUAUGAAUGAGGAAAAUGCUACUUUCAUACACUUUUUACCAAGCCUCAUCAUUUUUCCUACUGCUUUGUAAUAUAUGAAGACAAUUCUUAGCUGUACCAACUAUGGUAAUUUUUAGUUUUUUGAAAAACUUUAUUUAUGAGCCAGUGUAAUGUGUGUACAUUUUAAAUACCACUUCUGUAAAAGGAAUAAAGAAAUUAUACUUUACUCAGUUUUUAAAU